AUGUCUGCUACAAUACACGCCUCUCUCCAUCUCUUAAAACUUCAACCCACGUGCCCAUUCACGGUCGUACAGCAGCUGGAUGAUGACGCGCCUGUGUCGGUUGAGCUUGCUCGUAUCAGUAGCGAGAGCCAGUUCGAUCGGGUCAUUGCUGAGGCUCAACAGCUUGAAGAAUCUGUCAUUAUUGUCUGGAUGGCAACAUGGUGCAGAAAAUGUAUUUACCUCAAACCAAAAUUAGAAAAGUUGGCAGCUGAUUACUAUCCACGAUUGCGGUUCUACUAUGUGGAUGUCAACACUAUUCCCCACAAGCUUGUUGCUCGUGCAGGCGUCACGAAAAUGCCGACUAUUCAGCUAUGGAAGGAUUGCAAGAAACAGGAUGAAGUGAUCGGUGGCCAUAAAGCAUACUUAGUCAUUAAUGAGGUUCGCCAAAUGAUUGAAAACCAGAGUACCAUAUGAUUAAUGGAACCUAGCCCGG